CUCAAAAAAGAGAGUUGAUUUUACAACAAAGGGGAUUAGGCACUGCCGGAUACACAGAUAGAAUUGCAUUCAACACACCAGUAGGCUCUGCCAAUGGCGCUACCAUCCUAGCAAUCUUUAUUCUCCACCUGUGAGCUAUCCCCGCCGUGAUUAAACUGUCGUCGGUAUCCUAGCUCCCAUAGAAUUCAAUUAACGCCUGCCGCAACCUACUACUAAGUCCUCCUGCUUCAGAAAGAAGAAUCCGAAACCUAGCUAGCCUAGGGUUGUUGCUGAGCUCCUCCACCGCCAUGGCGGUUACCGAGGAGGAAUGCUCCAGCGCCAAGUCCCGAUCCUCUUCCGCUUCUUCCUCCUCCGCCCUCGUCGGAUCCGCCCGCUCCCCCCAUUACCUCGCCAAGUGUGUCAUUCCCGGGAGCGCACUUCUCCACGUCGUCUCUGCUCACUUCCGCUCCCCUUCCUCCUCCGACAUCGUCUUCGGCAAGGCAACGUCCAUAGAGCUAGUAGCGGUAGGUGAAGAUGGGGUUCUACAGUCAAUAUGCGAGCAGCCUGUGUUUGGUACCAUUAAGGAUCUUGCUGCUGUACCAUGGAGUAGCCAAUUCCAUGCCCGUACAACGCUGAUGCAGGGGAAAGACCUUCUUGCUGUUGUUUCAGACUCCGGGAAGCUCUCAUUUCUCACAUUCUGCAAUGAAAUGCACAGGUUUUUUCCUUUAACACACAUCCAACUUUCAAAUCCUGGAAACUCAAGGCAUCAGCUUGGGAGAAUGCUAGCUGUCCAUCGCAGGCAAGUUGCUAUUGGCUGUUUUGUCGCCACUACUGCAUAUGAAGAUCGUGUAGCUCUGUUCUCCCUUUCAACUUCUGGUGGCAGUGACAUAAUCGAUAAGAGAAUAAUUUAUCCUCCUGAAAAUGAAGCAAACACAGGUGUUGGUAGAGGUAAUCGGCGAUUGAGUUUCUCUGGCACAAUUUGGAGCAUGUGCUUUAUCUCAAGACAUUCUAGUCAAUCAAGUAAGGAACAUAAUCCGGUACUAGCCAUUGUAAUUAACAGGAGAGAAUGCCUUAUCAAUGAGUUGCUGUUGUUGGGAUGGAAAGUUAGAGAAAACACUAUAGGUGUUCUUUCCCGGUUUGCUGAUUCUGGACCCUUGGCACAUGAUAUUGUUGAAGUUCCUCAUUCUAAUGGAUAUGCCUUCUUGUUUAGGGUUGGUGAUGCCCUUCUGAUGGACCUUAGAGAUGCUCAUAACCCUAGUUGUUUAUCUAGGAUAAGCCUCAAUUUCUUGCCUGCCACCCUAGAGGAGCAUAAUUUUGUUGAAGAUUCAUGUAAAGUCCACGAUGUUGACGAUGACGGUUUAUUUAAUGUUGCUGCUUCGGCUUUGCUGGAGCUUCGGGAUUAUGAUCCCAUGUGUAUAGAUGGGGAUGGUAGCAAUGUAAAAUCAACCUCCAAGCGCAUGUGCUCCUGGAGUUGGGAACCAGUAUCUGAUAAAAGUGCAAAGAUGAUUUUUUGUCUAGACACUGGAGAGUUUUUCAUGAUUGAAGUUUCAUUCGAUUCAGAAGCUCCCAAAGUCAACCUUUCUGAUUGUCUCUAUAGGGGGUUACCAUGCAAAGAGCUUAUGUGGAUUGAAGCUGGCUUUUUAGUUGCGCUCGUGGAUAUGGGGGAUGGGAUUAUCCUCAAAGUAGAAAAUGAGAGACUUCUGGAUAUAAGCCCCAUUCAAAAUAUUGCACCAAUAUUGGAUAUAUCAACUGGAGAUUGCCAUGAAGAGAAGCGUGAUCAAAUGUUUGCCUGCUGUGGUGUGGCCCCUGAGGGAUCAUUAAGGAUUAUCCGUAGCGGCAUCAGUGUUGAAAGGCUACUGAAGACUGCUCCUACGUAUCAGGGUGUAACUGGCACCUGGACAGUUCGCAUGAGAUUGCGUGACUUGUAUCAUUCUUUUCUUGUUCUCUCAUUCGUUGAAGAGACCAGGGUUCUGUCUGUUGGAGUAAGUUUUACUGAUGUGACUGAUUCUGUUGGUUUACAGCCAGAUGUGUCUACUUUAGCUUGUGGACUAGUAGGUGAUGGUUUGUUGGUUCAGAUUCACCAAGCUGGAGUUCAGCUUUCUAUGCCCACAAGGAUUGCUCAUGCUGAUGGCAUACAACUGUCAUCUCCAGUUUGCAAAUCUUGGUCUCCAGACAAUACAAGUAUCAGUUUGGGUGCAGUUGGUCAGAAUUGGAUUGUUGUUUCCACUUCUAAUCCUUGGUUUUUAUACGUUCUUGGUGUUAGAAUGCUUUCAGCAUAUGAGUAUGAAAUAAUUGAAAUGCAAUGUGUAAGGUUGCAAAGUGAGUUAUCUUGCAUUUCUAUACCUCAGAAACAAUUUGAGCAAACAAGAACAAAUUCAGCCAAAUCCAUGCAUAGUGCAACUGGUUUUCCAGGUGGGGUUGAGGUAGAUAAGACCUUUGUUAUUGGUACACAUAAGCCGUCAGUGGAAAUUCUAGCUUUUGACCCUAGUGAAGGCUUGAGAGUUAUUGCUUCUGGUACAAUCGCUUUAACAACUGCAAUGGGGACUGCUAUAAGUGGGUGCGUGCCUCAAGAUGUGAGACUUGUACUAGUUGACCGAUGUUAUGUUCUGUCUGGUUUGAGGAAUGGUAUGCUAUUGCGGUUUGAGUGGUGUUCUGCAAGUGCAAUCCCUUCGUUUGGUGCAUCCACUCUGAACUCUCCUAUCAGUUGUAGUUUGGUCAACAUUGGCAAUACUACUGCAAUGCAUCUUGAACCACAUGCAUGCUGCUCAUCUGAUAUGAUAGCGGAUGAGCUUCCUGCUACACUGCAAUUGAUUGCAAGCCGUCGCAUAGGCGUUACUCCUGUAUUCCUGGUUCCUUUAAGUGAUUCACUUGAUGCAGACAUAAUUAUUCUCAGUGACAGGCCGUGGUUGCUGCAAACUGCAAGGCACAGCCUCUCGUACAUAUCCAUUUCAUUCCAGGCAGCAACACAUGCAACACCCGUAUGCUCAGCUGAAUGCCCUAAAGGAAUUUUAUUUGUUGCCGAUAACAGUUUGCAUUUGGUGGAGAUGGUAAGUACUAAGAGGCUUAAUGUCCAGAAGUUUCAUGUCGGAGGUACACCGAGGAAGAUUCUCUAUCACAGUGACAGCAGAUUAUUGUUCGUGAUGAGGACUGAUCUGAGUGAUGAUACAUGUUCAUCUGAUAUAUGUUGUGUUGAUCCUGUUAGUGGAUCCAUAGUUUCGUGUUUUAAACUUGAUCUUGGAGAGACUGGCAAAUCCAUGGAGUUGAUAAGGGUGGGAAGUGAUCAGGUUCUCGUGGUUGGAACCAGCCUUUCCUCUGGCCCAGCUAUCAUGCCCAGUGGUGAAGCCGAAAGUACCAAAGGGCGUCUGCUUGUCCUCUGUCUGGAACACUUGCAAAAUUCAGAUAGUGGUUCGAUGACAUUAGGAUCAAGGGCAGGAUCAUCUUCUCAAAGAACAUCUCCAUUUCGCGAGGUCGCUGGAUGUUCUAUGGAUCAACUAUCAAGCAGUAGUCUUGGCAGCAGCCCUGAUGAUACCAGCUGUGAUGGAGUUAAACUUGAGGAAACUGAAACUUGGCAGUUCCGAUUGGCUUAUUCGACAGUAUGGCCAGGAAUGGUGCUUGCAAUGUGUCCUUACUUAGACCGUUACUUCCUGGCAUCUUCUGGUAGUGCUUUUUAUGUAUGUGGAUUUCUGAAUGAUAACCCACAAAGAGUGAAACGGAUUGCUGUUGGGCGCACACGCUUUAUGAUAAUGUCAUUGACUGCACAUUACACUAGGAUUGCCGUUGGUGAUUGCCGCGAUGGGGUUCUCUUUUACUCUUAUCAUGAGGAUGCAAGAAAACUGGAGCAACUUUAUUGUGACCCUUGUCAGAGAUUAGUUGCCGACUGUGUCCUUAUGGAUCUGGACACUGCUGUGGUUUCUGAUCGGAAGGGAAGCCUUGCUAUUCUAUCAUGUUCAGAUCGUUUGGAAUGUAAUGCGAGUCCAGAGAGCAACUUGAAAUUGAGCUGUGUUUAUUACACUGGUGAGGUAGCCAUGAGCUUGAAGAAGGGUUCUUUUUCAUAUAAACUCCCUGAAGAUGACUUGCUGACUGGAUGUGAUGGCAUUCUUACUAAUGUUGAUGCAUCGAGCAACACUAUAGUGGCUAGCACUUUGCUAGGGAGCAUAAUAGUCCUUUUCCCAUUGUCAAGGGAGGACCAUGAACUCCUAGAAGCAGUUCAAGCUAGAAUUGCAGUCCAUCCUUUAACUGCUCCUCCUCUUGGGAAUGAUCACCACGAGUUCCGCAGCCGUGAGAACCCUGUCAGAGUAGCGAAGAUACUAGAUGGUGAUAUGCUGGGUCAGUUCCUGGAGUUGACACAUGCCCAACAGGAAGCAAUAAUAUCAAUGCCGGUUGCAUCAUCAUCGAAUAAUAAAGUAGGCAGCUUGAAAGCAGCCUCAACUACUCCAAUCUCGGUUAGUCAGGUGGUUCAGAUCUUGGAACGGGUUCAUUAUGCUCUCAACUAGCUGCAAAGCAUCACCAUCAUGAUUUGUUACGCAGACAAAAUAAGUCUGCACCAAAUCCAGGCAGGGAAUUAUGGAAAGUUGUUGCAGGCCGAUUUUUGUAUGUACAGACUUGUGUGAGAAAGAGGUCUGUGAAAAUGUUGUUCCCUGGAAAUGGGAACGAGGGUGGUAGUCCGGGCAAUGGUGAGAAUAAUGUGAUGAGAUCUGUAUCAUAAUAAUCAUGUCACUCCCACCCUGUGUGAUAUAGUUUUAUAGAAGCAGAAAACCACUGGUUGUAGCUGAAGGAACAGUGGAAUCUCCUAUGUAACUGAUCAGGACACACCAACAAGGAUUGGGCUGAAAUAUGAAUUCGAUAUCAUCCUUGGUCACUUAAUUUCGUGUUUAGAGUUGAGAAAACAUUAUGAUUCGAUUGGCCAGCAAUCUGGAAAUGGUCUAUCCUAUAUAUCUGUACUUAUCCAAAUCUGCUGCAGAACUAUUUUUUUUUUUUUUUUUUUGUUGUUGAU